CCCUACCCCAAACCGCGGUUAAAACCAACCAAACCAAACCCCUCUCGUCUUCCUCCCCAAAUUCCGCAGCGAACGCUCGGGACAACAGCUCCUCGGCUUCUCCCCGAACCCAUCUCCCCCGAAAUCUUUGCGUGAGGUUUCGAUCUCGAAACCGCCCAGGGCCCGCCCGCGAGUGCAUGGCAGUGAGCCUCCUGGUCAAUGAGGUGUCGGACCUGUGCAUCGGCAAGCCGGCCGUGAGGUCGCUCCCGCUCUCCGCCGCCGCCGGCGACCUCGCCGCCGCGCUCCGGAGGGUGUCCCGUUCCGGCGCCGUAGCCUGCGUCGCGGUGACAGGACCAGCGCGCGCCGUCGUCGGCCGGGUCGGGCUCGCGGACGUGCUCUGCUUCCUCUGCGACGCGCCCGCCCGCCCCGCCGCCGCGCUCGCGAAGCCGGUCUCCGCGCUCCUGCCCAAGGACGGCGCUGGCGAGGUGCGCCGUGUCGACCGCCGUGCAAGUGUCUUGGAGGCGCUUGAUGCGGUCCUGAGCGGCGCGCAGGUGCUCGCCGUCCCGCUCCGCCCUGGCGGCCGCAAGAAGCAGCUCGGCAGCGGCGGAGGCGCCGCCGCCGGCGACUUCUGCUGGCUCACUCAGGAGGACCUCGUGCGCUACUUCCUCAACUCCAUCGGCCUCUUCUACCAUGUCGCCGCCCGCUCCGUGUCCUCCCUCGGCCUCGUGCGCACCAACUUCCUCUCGGUGCGCCCCCACGAGGCGGCCCUGUCUGCCGUGCCCCUCAUCCGCCGCGCCAUCGCCACCGAGACCGCUGUCGCCGUGGUCACCGAGGAAGGCCACCUCGUCGGCGAGAUCUCCCCGGCCCUCCUCGCGGCAUGUGACGAGACGGCGGCGGCGGCCAUCGCCACGCUCUCGGUGGCCGAUCUCAUGGCCUACAUCGACUACUUCGGCUCGCCGCCGGAGCAUAUCCUGCGCGCGAUCAAGGCCGGGCUGAAGGACAAGGGCCUCGACGCCAUGCUUGAGCUGAUGGAAGACGAGACGCUGUCCUCGUUCUCCAUCUCUUCCUCUUCGUCAUCUUCCGACGAGGAGACCGGCCGGGCGCAGCUGAGGCGCCCGUCGUCGGGGAGCUACGGGCGCCGUUCGGCCGAGGAGCCGGUGGUGUGCAGCCCCACGAGCUCGCUGGUGGCCGUCAUGGUGCAGGCGCUCGCGCACCGCGUGAGCUACGUGUGGGUGCUCGACGAGGACGAGGACUGCCACCUUGCCGGCAUCGUCAAGUUCGCGGACGUGCUGAGGGUGUUCCGGGAGCAGCUGCAGUGAUCCUGCGAUACAGCAACCGUGGAAAAGCUCCGAGUUUUGCAGUGAUCUGAAGUGGGUUUGCUGUUCCUCGUUUGCUUCUGGUGAAAUGAAAUGGGAUGAACAAUGAAGUGUUGUGAUGUGUCAAGCGCCUUUGUUUCUGAAACAUUUUGAAGUUGAGACCCUGGAGUAUGUGUGUUUGCUUGGUGCCGAUGAACAAUUUGAACCUUGUUAUGCUUUAAUCAAGUUUAUUAAUAAUAAAACAGCAUUGUGCCUCGAUGCUGUAGUAUUCUGUUCUUCA